AUGGUAUCAAAGCCAGGUUGCCGAUCUCCCAUGGGUGAUCCCACUUCCCUUCCAAUGGAUGAUUCCACUUCACCUACGCCUACCACCAUCACCAUCUCUUCAGCUUAUUUUUUACACUCUUCGGAUCAGCCUGGUUCUUCUUUGGUUACCCCCCUUCUUGAUGGGGAUAACUACCCUACUUGGCAUAGGGCGAUGCUCAUGGCCCUGGAGGCGAAGAACAAGAUGUCUUUCAUUGAUGGUUCCCUACCCCAACCUGCCGAUGAUUCUCCUGAUCACCCUCAUUGGGUGCGUUGCAAUAGCAUGGUCCGAUCAUGGGUUGUGCAUUCUACCAUUCCUACCAUUGCACACAGUAUACUCUGGAUCAACUCGGCUUUCUCUGCUUGGACAGAUUUGAGGGAACGUUUUUCUUUAAAAAAUGCUCCGCGUAUAUUUGAGAUCCGCCGCUCCAUCUCUACCCAUGUUCAGGGCACUGAUUCCAUAUCCGCUUACUACACUGAGAUCAAGAGUUACCGUGAUGAACUUCUCUCCUAUUGGGCCAUUCCUUCUUGUACUUGUGGUGCAAUGUCGACUUUGCAAGCUGUUCUUGAUGAUGACUAUCUCAUGGAUUUUUUUACAGGGAUUAAGUGA